GUCAGUACUCUAGCAUAUCUUUGUAUGCUAUCCAUGUUGAAUUUGGAAACCCCUAGCUAUCAACCCAUGAGAUUUUAAAAGUUUCAGUCAGAAAUCAGAAUCUCUUCUAAUAAAAUAUCAAAACAAUUUAGUAGAGCCUAAAUUUUAUUGGUUAAACCCCUGCAUGUGAGACGUGGAUAGCAUCGCACUUCAUCAAAUACCAAUAAUAAGUAAUAACUGUCAGUGAGCGCCACAUUCUCCACCACCCUCUCAUACCCCCAAGCAAGUCUCUCUCAACUUGCCACAGAGGAGAAGUAUGUCAAGAAUUUUUCUUGCUCUGCUGCUUUUCAUGUUUGUCACAAAAAUUUCAGUGAAUGGGCAGCUAGAAGAAUGGUGCAUAGCAGAUGAGCAGACACCAGACAAUGAGUUGCAAGUAGCUUUAGAUUGGGCAUGUGGGAAAGGAGGUGCAGAUUGUAGCAAGAUUCAGAAGGACCAGGUUUGUUAUUACCCAAACACAGUGAGAGACCACGCUUCUUAUGCCUUCAACAAUUACUUCCAGAAGUACAAGAAGAAAGGUGGAACCUGUUUCUUCAACAAUGCGGCCAUGGUUACUCAAGUUGACCCUAGUCAUAAUUCUUGCCAUUACGAGUACAGGCCCUAGUGCUAAGUGCUUUUCAGUCUCUUAAAGCCAAGUUGAGGUUUUCAUCAGUUAUGCCAAGAAACAACUGAAUGCAUCCUGAGUCUGAGCAGUUGAAUUCUAUAUGUUGUAGCCAUUUUUGCAACUAAGAUUCGACAUAUUGGCUGCUAGAUGCAAUUGUAACAUCCACUAAUUUCUCUCUAUUUGGUGCUUCUUUACUCGGAGCAAUUUCAGUUGGUGUUUGUAAACAAAUUAAAAGUGACAUGAAAAAGACGAGCGCCAAAUGAACUCAAUCGUCAUACCUCAGUUUAAUUGGCCUGGGUGAC